AUGGCUGGCACCGCCUGCUAUGGAGCGGUGGCGGCCGUGCCCGGGAUUCGCAACCCCGUGAAGGCUGCCAGCCUGCUCGCCAGGGAAACCCUGGAGCCGCUGCCAUGUGGCCUGAUCCGACCUACGAUGCUGGCUGGCGAAGGGGCGCGCGUCUGGGCGGCACAGCGUGGGCUGGAGGCUGCUGAGAGCCGUGAGCAGGCAGCCCAGAUGCACUCGACGCCGCGCGCGGUGCGCCAGUGGCAGACCUUCCAAGCCAUCCUGGCCGAUGCCACCGGCGAGUACUCCGGGGUGGUGUUGCCGGACUCGCAGCAGCAGCGGCUCUUCGACACCGUGGGCGCGGUGGUGGUGGACGGCAGGGGCCACGUGGCCUCGGGCGUCAGCAGCGGAGGCAUUGCACUGAAGCAGGAGGGCCGGGUUGGCGAGGCGGCGCUCUACGGCGCGGGGUGCUGGGCUGAGGAGGAGGAGGGAGGGGCAGGAGAGGAGGAAGGGGCAGGAGAGGAGGAGCAGCAGCAGCGUGAGACCAAGGAGAAAAGCGAGGGAAGGAGGUUGCGCGGAGAGACUGGGGCCUCCGAAGCGGCGCCUCUGGGCUCCAAAACCAAUAGCAUGCACGGCGUCGCGGUGAGCACCACCGGGGUGGGCGAGCGAGUGGCCGCCUGCCUCCUCUCCAAGACCGCCGCUGACGCUGUGCGGGCCGCUGCGGGCGACCAAGGGACACCGCCGCCAAACGACGCUGGGGUGAUCUGUGUCCUGGCCCAGAGGUCUGAGCGAGCGCACCCAGAUCAGGGCUGCGAGGUCAAGGUGGAGUUUGGCGCGGCGCACUGCUCCCACUCCCUGGCGGUGGCGCACUGCGGGGCACCCCGGGCGGAGCCCAGCGUGCACUUCAUGCCGGCGCUGGGGAGCAGGGACGGCCUUGACCCAGGGGCGACGGGCUCGCGCCCGGGCCACGUCGUGGAGCUGGCCCAGAGCUGCCGCUGGAAUGUGGAGGAGCGGGGUUAG